CGCAUUAUCUUCUCACACCAACACUAAAAAGAAUACUAUCCAAGUUUUUUCAUUACAGUCCUCUCCAACAACCAAAUCAAGAACCGCAAAAGAGAAAUGGCAGAAGGAAACCAAAUACGUUUUGGUAUAAUGGGAUGUGCUAACAUAGCAAGAAAAUUAGCAAGAGCCAUAAAUUUAGCUCCAAAUGCAACCCUCUAUGCAAUUGCUAGUCGAUCUCUUGAAAAGGCAGAAGCAUUUGCCACUAAAAAUGAGUUACCAAAAACCAUCAGAAUCUAUGGUAGCUAUGAAGAAUUUCUUGAUGACCCUUUAAUUGAUGCUGUUUAUAUGCCAUUACCAAGUAGCCUUCAUUUGCAUUGGGCUGUUCUGGCUGCCAAAAAGAGAAAGCAUUUGCUUGUAGAGAAACCACCUGCCCUUGAUGUGGUUGAGUUAGAUCAGAUUCUUGAAGCAUGUGAAUCCAAUGGUGUGCAAUUCAUGGAUGGAACUAUGUGGUUGCACCAUCCUAGAACUGCCAAAAUUAAGGAGCUUCUUUCUCAUCCCAAGCUAAUUGGAGGAAUUGAAUUUCUUCACAGCACGUCAACAAUGUCACCACCUGCAGAAUUUUUCCAAAACGACAUAAGAGUUAAACCAGACAUGGAUCCUCUUGGUGCACUUGGUGACUUAGGCUGGUACUGCAUUGGAAGUAUAUUAUGGGCUAAAAAUUACAAAUUACCAAACAUAGUUACUGAUUUACCAGACGUAACAAAAAACUCAGAUGGAGUAAUUUUAUCCUUCUCUGCUUCUUUACACUACGAAGAAGAACAAGAAAAGACUGUCUCUACAAUCCACUGCUCAUUUCUUUCAUAUUCUUCCAUGGAUUUGAGAAUUGUCGGAUCGAACGGAUCGAUCCAUUUGAUGGACUUUAUUAUGCCAUUUCAGGAGGAUUCUGCUUUCUUUAAUUUCACAUUUCGUGCAAAAUUUGUAGAUCUUCAUAUCGGAUGGAAUGUGAAGCCUGAAAAGAUUGUGGUGGCUAAUGGAAUGCCACAAGAGGCUACGAUGGUUCAAGAAUUUGCCAGGAUUGUGUCUGAUAUCAGGAAUUUUGGGGCAUUUCCUGAUACGAAAUGGCCUGAAAUUAGUAGAAAAACUCAAGUAGUGCUAGAUGCUGUAAAGAAAUCUAUUGAUCUUGGUUGUAAACCUGUUUAUUUGUAAUUUAAUUAGCCAUGAAUGAUUAGCAAUUAUGAAAUGUAAUACAGUGACUUAAGUGUUUCUUUCUCU